AUGAGAGAGAACGGGGAAGCUGUGGAUCAGGACCAAAGUUCACGCAGUGUGUCGCCGUCGCAUGAGGCAUCUGUCGGAGUGUGUCGUAAGAAACCGAGGAGGAACACGCAUAUCGCGUGUGUGAAUUGCGCCAAGUGGCAUGUGUCGUGUGAGGCCAGGAGGCCGUGCCACCGCUGUAUCAGUAAGGGACUAGAAAGCACAUGCGUGGAUGCUCCAAGGAAGAAAAGCAAGUACCUGGCGGGGAUACCGGAUGGCUCGCUGCAGAGACGUAUGAGAAGGGAGUUGCCGAUGAACCACCAUCAUGAGCAGCAGAGGUUCCAGGAUCCGCAGCAUAUCAUACACAAGUCGAAGUUUAUGUCGAAUGCUGCGGACUCGGAGUAUGCGAUACUUUCUCACAUUAUAAAUCAGGACUCUCUGCUGAACAAGAUUCCGGUGGACUUGCUGAACUCGAGCAAGAGAUACUCGCCGAGCAGCGAGCCGAUACCGAGCCCUCCGGUGCGAAGUUUCCAGGCGAACGUGCCGCCUCACCCGUAUCCGUCGUCGGGGCUCAACGUGUACUCGGUGCUGCUUGGGCCGAGCUCCAUGGACAUCGUUUCGUCUCAGGCGGAUCUGUUUGUGAACCACUUUCCCUUGGAGCCUGUUGAGUGCCAGGAUAACACACUGAGCUUCAAGAGACUGAUGCCCGCUGAGCGAGCGCCAGAGUCGAACGAAAUAAGGGUGAACACCGCGAUCAACCAGUACUGUCUGAACAGCGAGUACUUGACGUUCCCGGAGGUUAUGGGGGCGUGGAAGUCGCAGCAGAAGGGAAACCAGGAUCAUAUUGUGUCGUUUGCGCUGGAGUGCUGCUCGCCCGACGCCGCCAGGACGCAUAGCAAGCCGGAGUGGGAGCACUCGCUGAGGUUCUCGACACCAAUGGAGAUCUACACUUUGAUAACGAAGCCCUUCUCGCACACGCCCGGGUUCCACCACCUUUUCACGUACCUGCGGCAAAGGUUCAGCAAGCAGGCGCUGGUCGAGAUAUGCCGCUCACUGGCCGAGUUUCGACCCAUCUUCAUAGCAUGCUCCGUCACGCUGACCGAGGAAGAUAUGAUAUUCAUGGAGCAAUGCUAUCAGCGCACGCUCCUGGAGUAUUCCAAGUUCAUCGUACAAACGGGGACGCCGACCUGCGUGUGGAGGCGCAACGGACAGAUAUCGUACAUGAACGAGGAGUUCGAGAUCCUCACCGGCUGGAGUAAGGAGGAUCUCCUGAACAAAAUGACGUUCAUCGUGGAGAUCCUCGACGACCCGAGCGUCGAGGACUAUUUCAAGACGUUUUCUAAAGUCGCCUACAGGGACUUCAAAGGUGCGGAACAAAUGCAAGUCUGCAACAUACUGAGCCCCAUCAAGGGCAUCAUUAUAGAGUGUUGUUGCAUCUGGACCUUGAAAAGAGACGUUUCAGGAUUGCCGCUGAUGAUUCUGGGCAAUUUCAUGCCGAUCUUGAACUAA